AUGUCUACUGCAACCGUUAGUGCUGUGGCUGGUGCAGUCACGGCUUCGACGCCACUGGCGCCAUUCUCAGGCACAGAAGGAAGCUACAUGCUACCUCACCAUGCCCAGGAGAUUGAGAGGCUGCAUCGCCAACACCUCUUCAUGAAUACUACCACGGGUGGUCAAUUACUCGUAGUACCAGCCAUUCAGGAGAAGAAGUCCUUGCGUGUACUAGACUCGGGUGCUGCUGAUGGUUUCUGGCUACGGGACCUGCCACGCCAACUCCCAUCACACGAUCUGGAGCUCUAUGGAAUCGAUAUUGGAUCUGAUCUCUUCCCUGCACCAGAUGCGAAUGCAACUCACAAGGUAGAGCUUCGGAGCCAUGAUGUCAGAACUCCCUUUCCAUCUUCGUGGGAUUGGUCCUCGACAUUCGACGUCAUCAACCAGAGGCUCCUUAUCUGGGGUAUCCAGUCUGCCGAGUGGCCCCGUGUCAUCUCGAACCUGGUUUCAUCUCUCAAGCCUGGCGGUUAUAUACAGCUUGUCGAGGCUGAAUGGAUUGACCCCGAGAAUCUCGCAGACGAGGUGACCAGACCGCAGCUGAGGAAGCAAGCUGCUCUACAGGAGUGGUCUACCGCCAGCUUCGGCAUGGACAUCCAUAUUGCGUACAAGCUUGAGGGGCUCUUACGGGACGCUGGCUUAGAGGAUAUUCGCAAGGUUCAGUUCGAUCACGGUUAUGGAGCUCUGGCCAGAUCCCAGGAUCAGAGAAAUGUGUCCGCUGAGCUAUGGGUUGAGUGCUUCCGAACCUUGGAUGAGAAGAUACCUGAAGGUGGCAUUCCUGGGGUUGCGGCGGACGCCAGGGAGUUCCAUACGUUUCUCGAUGCUCUAGAGGUCGAGAUUAAGACUUACGGCUAUCAGCCCAAGCUCAACUAUGUGUAUGGACGGAAGCCCUUGGGCCAAUGA